UGCAUUCCUCACUUAGUGGUCAGUUUUCUCUUUGCUGAUCAUAAUGCAUUGGGUGCCCCCCAAGGCAAGCAGCAGCCCCUUGCCAGCCUCCAUAAGCCACAGACACAUGUGGAUGUGGUCAACAGCAAUACUGUGGGGUUGACAGACUUAACAGUGAUGUGGGAAGAGGACCACUGUGCUGGCCACAAUCACAAUGCCUUUAAGCUUUGAAUCAGUCUCUGUCCUUAGCUACCAGCUGCGCAUUGAGUGUAUGCUGAUCUGUGAAGAGACCACUGUUGUGCUGGACAUGAUUCAGCCAAAAGCUGAAGCCAUCCGGAGAGCCUGUGAAGAUCUUCUGAGCAGUCAUCGCCUGCCACUCUUCUGUCAACUGAUUCUCAAAGUUGGAAACUUUCUGAACUAUGGAAGUCACACGGGUGAUGCUGAUGGGUUUAAAAUCAGCACUUUACUCAAACUAACAGAAACCAAAGCAAACCAAACCCGCAUUACACUACUUCACCAUAUUCUGGAGGAAGUAGAAAACAGCCACAUGGACCUACUGGAACUGCCAAAGGAUCUUGAAUAUGUUUCAAAAGCAUCAGGAAUUAACCUUGAGAUCAUACGCAUGGAGUCCAGUACCAAUUUAAAGAAGUUGCUGGAGCUUCAGCGAAAAGUUUUAUCAUCAAAUGAUGACGUGAAACAACAGUAUGAGAAACCUAUCCAGGAUAGCAUUGAUGCCUCCAGGAAGCUGGAAGAAGAAUUUGAAACAAUUGAAAGGAAGAGAGAAGAACUUGCAAAUUACCUCUGUGAAGACCCAAGCAAGUUAUCCCUAGAGGACAUAUUUAGUACCAUGAAGACUUUCAGAGAUCUCUUCAUCCGAGCCUUGAAGGAAAACAAGGACAGGAAGGAACAAGCUGCCAAAGCAGAGAAGAGGAAGAAACAGCUGGAAGAGGAAGAGGGGAAGAGACAGAAGGGAGAAAAUGGAAAAGUCAUUAAGAAGGGGAUGGUGAAGCAGGAGGAGGUGUGCGUCAUCGAUGCGCUGCUAGCUGACAUAAGGAAAGGGUUCACGCUGAGAAAGACAAAGAACAGAUAUGAGACGGAUGCAGUUCCUAAAAGCUUGCCAGAGGAGAGCCCAGAGGAGAGCCAUUCUGGGAAGAACAUUAAGGAUCCACAAGCAGCUGGAAAGCAGACUGAAGAUAAAACCAAGCAAAACAAUGAUGGUCAUCCAUCAGAAAGAAUUCAUCAGUCAACCACUGCCCUGAUGGAGAUGGCUGGAGAUGUUACAGAUGCCUCAGCUUCAAACCAGGUGCUGUCUAAAGACAGUGCUCGAGAAAAUUUGACACCAGGGUCCUGGACAGAAAGCUCCUCAGUAAGCUUGGCAGAAGUUGACAGGGCCAGCAGCUCCAUUGCCUUCUCUGCUGCUAACAUAGACACAGGGAUAAAGUUUGUGAGCAGCGGUUUGGACUCUUCUCUAAGAGAACAAUUCAAUGGGGCCAUUUCAGAAGGCCAGGACAAGUUGUGGCCAGAAAGUUACAGGCUGGCACAGGAGCCAGAAUUGCGGCUGAGUGAGACAGGGAUUGACUCUGGCAGAGAUCAGUUUGCUGCCUGUGAUGAGGCUCAUCAGGCAGAGUCAAAAGAGAUGACAAAGGAAAAUGAAGACCCUGCUACAGACUCACUCUUGGACACCUCUCAAGAGAAGUCCUUCUCAGAGGAGCCAGCAACCGACUCCUCUUGUUCGGCAACUCUCUCCCCAGGACAAGCUCACGCUGACAGGGAAAAGCAGAGGCCAUCUGGGAAACGGAGGAAGAAGAAGAGGCACAGCAAAAGCUGUUCAGCAGAGGUUGAGGCUGAUACUGGAGAUAAUAAAACAAAAAAAGGUUGUGUGGUACAAUGAGGUGUCAUGGCAAGACAGAAGAAAUAGCAGAGACUCACAUGUCUCUGAAGUGCUGCCAGCUUCUCAGAAGUCGGGUUCUGCAUCACCAAACCACCACCAUGGACACCUCUGCCCAGCCAGGACACACUGCUUCUCCUCACACAACCUUUCAAUCCCUUCCCCAAGGCCCAGAGAGCCUCCCCAGAGACUUCAGCCCCCUGUGCCUGGGCCUUAUGCUGGGGCUGGUUCUGUGCAUUGCAGUGUGAAAGGGUCAGCCCUCUUUUCUGCUAUCCUGGAAGCCAAGUCUUUAAACCUGCUCUUAGGCCAAGUUCUUCUUAAAACAACACCUGAGUGUGGCCUAAGAAAGGACUGCAGUGUUUAAUCCUCAGAGAAUUUUUUUUCAAUAGCAGUGCCUCAACCAAAUUAAGGGUACAAAUUAAGCAGUGGCUAUACCAUCACCGGUGGAAGCAUAUGAACUCCCUCUUCUCAUCGCCCACUGACAAUUUAUAUUGGACCAUGUCCAAGACCCACAUCAAACAAAUGUAUUUUUACUCUAAAUCAUUUAAAGCAAAGGAAAUGAGUUACAGGGGG